AUGUCUUCCCCUAGACUGAUUCCCCUCUGGAAGGAUUUUAAAUACCUCAUAAGUGACUUAUAUAGUAGCAAGCAAACUUUAGAUGAACCAAAGAGUGGCAUAGUUGUGCUGAGUGACCGGUCCCAGAUACUCUUCAGAGAGUCUCGCCAUCCUCAAAAUAUGCCGCUUAUAUGCUAUUACUUCAGUGAUGCCAACUUCUUUGCCUCCCUCUCGUGGGUAACAAGCACAAAAGAAAUACAGGCUGUAGUAUGGAUGAAGAGCAAAAUGGAGGACAUGGUUGAGAAGAGAACCUUUUCCAUGACUGAACGAGUGCCACCCAUCCAGUGUAUGGUACACACAGGCUCCUUUCAUAUCCUCGUGGCCUACUGUGGCGACCUGCUCCUGCGGCUCUUUGGGGACCAUUUUCGGUCUUUCAAACCCCUGGGUAUAGUGCCUUGCCGCUUUAACAUCAACUGCCUCUGCUAUGACCCAGAAAUGAAGAUGCUUCUCUCCGGCAUCCUUGGGGCAGUGGUUGUCUGGGCCAUUGAGCAGAGUGGAAAGGGCCUCCAAAUUGCCCACAUGGUUUCCAUGCCUGGCGAUGAGCUUGUCCAGGACAUCACGUUGAAUGGCCCUGACGGCUCUCUCCUAGCUCUGUGUGAGACUGUGGUGAGGGUCCUUGAGCGCCAGGGCCUGAGCCAGCUGGGAGAGGUGAAGAGAUUCACUUCUACCACUAGUGGCUCCUCUAUCACUUGCUGCUUCACCUGUAUCGAUCAGGGUUAUCUCUAUGCUGGAAAUAGGACUGGGGACAUCCAAGUAUGGAGCCUCAGUCAGAGCUACUCUCUCCACAGUUUCAAGGCCCAUUCUUUGUCAGUGAUAUGUAUCCGCAGCCGGCCAGAAGCCCACACCCUGCUAACAGCUGGCAAGGAGGGUUUCAUCAAGGAGUGGAACCUUACUUCUGGGAACCUACUGAGACAACUAGAACUUGGAGAGGAAUUGUAUCGACUCCAGUUUAUUGAUAACAUUACUUUCUUCUGCCAAACUACCCAUACUUUCUCCUUGCGCCGUUUACCCUGCUUCUAUAGCCUCUUUCAUGUCUGUGGCUCUGCUCCAGAGCAGUUGCGUCGGGUCCGCUGUGGUAAUAACUGGUUCCGGAUCCUAUGCACUACUGAGGAUGGCUUGUUGCGCUUUAUGUCUCCAGUAACAGGAGAUCUUCUGGUUUUCACCUGGCCCUUCUCAAUCCUGGACCAGGCUGUGGACUGGGCCUAUAACCCAGAUAAAGAAGAGCUCUUUGUAGCAACAGGGGGCUCAGAGGUGCUGGUCUUUGACACAACCCGCUGCCCUUGCCCAGCCAAGUAUCUUUUAUGCACCUCACCAAAUGCUCAGGACUCAGUACAAUGCCUGGCUUAUGGGCAUUUCCACCUGGGUCGGGGUCUAGAAGGACUUAUGUUCUCUGGACAUGAGAGUGGUAUGAUAAGAGUGCUUUCCCAGCACAGCUGUGCCCGAAUAGAGAAAUUCAUGCACUUUGGGGCUAUAUUAGCAUUCUCUACCCUGCCUGGAGGGCUUUUAGGUGGCCGAGAAUACUCUUUGCUCUGUUCCUAUGGAAUGGAUGACUACAUACGCCUAUCAGAAGCUGUGCUUGAUGGGGCCAAAGUACACCUGCGACCUCUGGCCAGCAUUCUCAGCAGCUGUCAUCUAAAACACCUGAUACUCUUGCCAAAGUCUGUGGGUGCUAUCACAGAGACUAACUGCCUGCGUCUCUGGAAAUUCCAUGAUUUUCUGUCCUCUGAGGCACAGGAAGGCUCCAAGUUUAUAGAGACCUUGCCUUUGCACCGGUGUGCAAUUACAUCCUUUGAUGUAUGCCUGACCUUGAGUCUUUUUGUCACAGGUAGUAUUGAUGGCUCUGUCCGGAUCUGGAACUUUCAUGGUAGACUUGUAGCCAUGCUGGACUCAUCACUGCAUUUUGGCCCACUCUGCUUUGCAAAUGAUAGAGGUGACCUGCUUGUGACUUUCAACCAGAGUCUUUAUCUGAUAUCCUGUUUAAAACUGCUUCCCCGAUCCCAGCUGGUUUACCUUUCAUUUAUGAGCAUGGCAGAUGAAGUGCUAGAAAUCCCCAAGCCUUUCUUACCAAGCUUCUUCUUCUCCUUUGAGACCAUGUUUGUGCCCAAGUAUACCUACCUUGGACAAGGACAACAGGAACUAGUGGGUCUGGAGAAACUUGUCAAUAAGCGGGCCAUUGCCUUUGACCACACUGUGCCACAUGUCAUAGAAGAAGAUGAGCAAGGGAGCCUCAUAUUACUAUCUGCCCCAAGACAUGGUUCCUUGAAAAAGGAGGAAACUGAUAUAAAGUUGAGCAAACUUUAUCCCCAUGAUAUGGUUCCUCCUCAGCUACAGUUGACUACCUGGGAUGGACUCAAUCCUUAUCAGAUACUGAAAUGCUACUUUGGUUAUGGGCGGAAAUGGCUCUUUGCUCCUGAUUGCUAUAUCCCUAACUCAGUGAUUCGUGCCCGUCUUUGGCCAGAGGGCAGCCCAAUAUACCUACAGUGCAACCUGCAUUCACCCACUCGGAAGUUGGAGUGGAAUAAAUCUCAACAAUUCUUCUGGCAGAGUAGGGUAAGACCUAUACAUGAUGUAAAAGAAUAUACACAGGAAACGGAAAAGGAAGAGGAAGACUUCAUAGAAAAGAGAAUGACCAAGGAUGGAACUUAUAGUGUCCUUACAGACCCAACAAACCGUAGUUGGCUAGGAAGAAAGAUGACUGAAAUAGCUAUUAAUAGCUUGAUUGAGGCAAUACUGAACAUUAUGAUGUAUGCUCCUCCUGCACUGAAGUACCAAUGUUGUGUUGGUGCGCUAGGGCAAAUCUUUGCUUCUUACCAGGUGUCUCCAGCCCUGCGCUCUGAAACAGCCCAUCGUCUUCUGGAUGAUACAACCAAUUCUAAUCCACUGAUCCGAGAGCUAGCCUGGGAAGGGCUGAAGCGUCUAGGAAUGAUUACUCAUCUCUUUGCCAUUCCUCUGGCCCAAGGGUUAAUGGACAAGGACCAAAGAGUGAGGAAUAAGGCACUGAACCUCAUGGCUGACAUUGGAAUCCACUCUAAGACCUCACUGUUAAACUUGAUCCAGAACCAAGAGACUUUCUGGGAGAUGCAGCAGGAAAUGAUUGGGCAGGAAACUCUGGACAGUCUGCUGGGGAUGCGUGCCACAGAUCUCCAAAUGCUUCAUACUCAAGUGGGACAGCGAUUGAACGAAAACCUAACUUUGUCACGUGGAGAUAAAAAGCCCACUUUUUCUUUAGAUGUCUCAAGGGUUUCUGAAAUGACUCCCCCUUCCAAGCAAUCUGAUGUAAUUCCUGAAGAAUCUAAAGUUGCCGUCAAGCCCAGCAAAGGCCAAAGAUGGAACCAAGCAAGGGAAAAAAUGCAUGCCAAAAAAAUGUUUCGGAUCCUCAAGAAGAUGAAAGAGACAGGCACAGAGCCAAGUCUCUUAGACGGUGAAAGUGAUCAAAGUAGAGUUGCACCAACUGAUGUGGAGACAGUCAUCUAUUCUGAGUCUUCAACCGUCAGUGUACCAAAGAUUUCAAAAGAUGCUGAACAACAGCCUCCAGAGAAAGAUGUCUCAAAGGAUGUUGCAUUGACCCUGAAGAUGCUAAAGAAAAUACAUGGCAAAAAAGGAAAGAAAACAACAAUUCGGAAACCCAUAAAGAAGAAGAAAAAAGAAGCUAAAGUUAUAAUCGAGGAGGAACCUCUGCCUCAUGUAAAAGAACCAGUUGUGAAGAAUGUGAAAGCCAGAGGGCGGGGUGCCCAUGGAACUCCUGGCUACAGGGCUACUCCUGGAGAUGUCUCAUCAUGGCGGGAUGAUCUGUGUCGUCUUAUGACCCUGAGGAUAUCUGAUUCCCAAACAGAAGUGUCAGAAUCUCUAAAUAUUGAGUUAGUGACCAUGGCUCAGGAGGUGCUGGCAGAUAAGCACCCCAGCUGGGAGCUCUUUGAGAAGAUCUGCCCCCUACUAAAGAAAGAAAGUGAGGUUCUGCUUGAGGACCUUGACUGGGAUGUAGCCUGGCCAGAGGAGAAACCAAUUUUUAUUCAUGAAGAAGCAAUUAGUGAGGAUAUGGUGAUCAGAGACAUUGACGAGAUACCAGAGGGGCAGGGACAAAUGCAAAAGGAAGCGGGGGACAUACAGGACUUACGGGAAACCCAGGUAAUUCCCAAAAAGGGCAAGAAAAAGAAAAUUAUUAUUUUAGAACCAGGUGGCCUAACAAAGGAGAAACACAUACUAAAGAAAGAACACCACAGAUUUUCUAAGAAACCCUCUAAGCAAAAGAUGAAAGCAGGCAUGAAGGAAAUACAAGUGGAUAAAAAAGAGAAGAAAUUGAGCAAAAGAGUGAUGGAUGGGAGUCAGAAAGUGGAAGAAAUGGUCAAACUAGAGGGAAAAGUGGUUGAGCAAGAAGGAAUACCAGUUAUGGAUGAGAAGAAGUUGUUUUUGCAGGACUGGAAGAAGUCUUGGGAUGAGUGGAAACAGAUCUACAGUGAAAGAAGGAUAUCCUGGGAUGAAUGGAAAAAAGCCUGGGACAUGGAUCAUCUUGAGGAAGGGGAGAAACCACAAAAGGACAAAGAGAAGAUAUUUCCAGAUGAGGAAAAGUUGGAGGAGAGAAAGAGAAAGCUGGAAUGGGAUGAGGGGGAACAGGUUGGAGAAAAGAUGUUACGCAGAUUCAGGGAGCAAAAGUUCAAAGAUGAAGAGGAAUUGACCCUGGAGGUAGAAAAAUUGUCUCAGGGUUGGGAAAAAGAAGAAGAAGAGGAAGAAGAAUGGCUGGUGACAGAAGAGCAGAGACAGAUCCAGAAAGAAUAUAAACAGGCCGAGAUUGAGAGGAAACAAGCCCAAGCUCAAAAAAAACGAGCCCAAGAAGAGAGGAAGCUGGCACAAGAAGAAGAGAAGCUGGCACAAGAAGAAGAGCAGCUAGCACAAGAAGAGAGAAAACUGGCCCAGGAAGAGGGAAAACUGGCCAGAGAUUAUGGAAAACUGGCUCAGAGAGACAGUAAAACAGUCCAGGCAGAGAUGAACCUUGUCCAGAAAGGAGUAAAACUGGCCCAAAGAGAGGAGCGGCUAAGCCAAAGAGCAGAGAAAUUGGCCCAGAAUAGGAAGAAACUGGCCAAGAAAUUGGAGAAACAGGCUCGUGAAGAAGAGAAAAUAGCAAAGAAAGGAGAGAAGCUGGCUGAGGUAAAAAACAUACUGGUCCAGAAAAUGGAGAAACUGGUUCAGGAGGAGCAAGAUCUGGCACGGCAAGAAAAGGAACUAGACCAGAAAUUAAAGGAGCUGACAGGGGAAGAGGAGGAACUGGUUUGGAAGCAAAAUCUGCUGAAUCAGGAAGAGGAGGAACUAGCUAAGGAAAAUGAGGGUCUGGCUCAGAAGGAGAAGAUACUGGCCUGGAAAGAGGAGCAACUGGCUAUGGAAGAGAAAAAACUGGCCCAGGAAGAAGAGCUGCUGAUUCAGGCAGAGAAGAAACUGGACCAGGCCAUGGAAUAUCUGCCUGAGGAAGAAGAAAGAUUUGCCCAGAAAAGGGAACAGUUAAUGGAGAGUAAAAAUAAACUGGCCCAGGAAAGGGAAAAAUUGAUCCUGGACAAGGUGGAAUUUGCAAACAAUAAGAGGAUACUAGCCAGGAGAGAGGAGAUUCUGGCCCAGGAGAAGGAAAAGCUGCCUCAGGAGAAGGUAGAAUUGAUUCAGGGGAAAGAGAACUUGUACCAGCUCAAAGACAACCUUGUCCAGAACAGAAAGAAAUUAGUGGAAAUAAAGGAGAAAGUGGACAUAUACAGGAAGAAAUCAUUUCAGGCAGAGGAGAAGCUAGUGGAGAAAAAGGAGAAACUUUUCCAGAAGAAGAAGAAACUGGCACAAGUAGUGGAAAAUCUAGCUGAGAAACAGCACAAGCUAGUCCAGGACAAAAUAAAAUUAGCUAUGGAGCAGAAGGCAAUAUUUCAAGAAACAAAACUGCUCAGUAGAGAAGAGGAUAUUAUUAAGAAAGAAAAGGAAUUGGACAUGGAAAUGAAGAAACUGGCCCAGGAGAAGGAAAGACUAGCUGAGGAAAAGGAGAUUCUCUCCAAGGGAGAGACUCAAGAAACCUCAACACAGAGGAAACUGAGUGAGAAUGAAUUAGAACUAACUAAGAGGAAAUUGUCACUAGAAGAGAAGAUAGUGGUAUGUGAAGAUAGGAUAUUGGCCACGAAGGAAAGGGAUAUUGUCAAGGGGAAAUUAGAAUUUGCUAGAGAAGGGAGAAUAUAUGCUCGGGUAGAAAGGAAGCUAGCCAAAGUAGUAAGAAAGCUGGCUAAAGGGAACAUUUCCAAGGAACCAUCAAGAGUGAGCAAAAAAGCCUUAAACGUGUUUCAAGACCUUAUCAAAAAAGAAAGGAAACUAACCCAGGAAGAAAUACAGCUGACAAAGAAAAGGAGGUCAUUCUUGGCUAUUGAGAGAAGAUUGAGCAAAGAACAAAAUGCACUUGAUGCCAAAGAGUGGGAUAUUUCUGAGGAACAAUCAGAAAUGACCAAAGAUGAGGAGAACCUUGCUAAAAAAGAGAGAAAACUGUCCAAGGAAAUGAAAAGAUUGAUAAAGAAAGAGAAACAAAUAGCUGAGGAAGAAAGCAGAUUGGCCAGGCAACACGAAGAAUUCAUAGAGGAAGACGAGGAGGAAGAAAUAACAGAGGAAGAAGAAAUGUCAUUCCUUAAACAAAAGUCAAGAAAGAGAAAAACGUUAGAAAGAGUUGAUAUGCCACAGGAAGAAUUGAGCAGUCAAAUGGAUGAGGUGGAAAGUGAAGAGAGGUUUUAUGGAGAAGUAGAAAACCUGUUAGGUGAAGUAGAGCAAGAGAGUUUAUCGGAAGAGGAGGAAGAGGGGGCACAGGAGGAGGAGGAAGAGGAAGGACAGGAGGAAAAGGAGGAGAAGGGACAGGAGGAGGAAGAAGAGGGACAGGAGGAGGGAGAGGAGGAGGAGAAGGAGGAGGAAGUGUUUGAGAAGAAGGAUGAAAGUAUGAGUGAGGAAGAGAUGGAAAAUUUGAGUGAGAAAGAAAAGGAAGAGGAAGUAGACAAGGAAAAAGAGAUUUUUAAAAAAGAGAAACUAUUUAAAUUACAAGAAAAAACAGGAAAGGACCUAGGAGAAAGAGAAAUAGUCCCUUCUAUUAGAGAAAAAUUCCCUGAGGUCAAAGGCAGUGAUAUAAAUCUGGAAGUUCUGAAAAUACCUUCCAAGAAACUGGUCUCAAUAGCUCUGGGGAGGGAAGAGACUAUACCAGUGCCAAUGUCAUCCUGGAAAGAUAGGACCACUGUACUUGAGACACCCAGGAUAUUUGCAGAGACAAGGUUUAUGGAUAAACAAGGAGAACUGUUGAGGAAAUAUCAGCCCAUUCCUCUACAAGUUUUGGAUACAGGUUUGGAGUCUCAAGAGCCAGACUCAAAGACCCCAUAUUUAUCCCACCUAUUGAGGAAGACCACAGAAUCUCAGAAACUCCAAGGCACACCACUAGGGGAUAGGUGGCAGUGGCUUUUGAAUCAUUAUCCAUCUCUGAUGGAACAGACAGAGGUACAAUUACCUAUGUCCCAAAUCCUGGCUGAGGAAAUACAUGCAGACAUAAGCCUCUCAGAUAUAGAGUGGAUCCAACAUGUCCUAGAACAGAUGGAGGCAGGAGAACAGCCUUCCAGAGACAAUUUCCACAGAUUGUGCCAGCUUCUCAAAGACCUCACCUCAAAGGGAACCUUAGAAUGGACGCAUCUAGCCAAGCUUGAAGAUAUCACUUACCGCCACAGGCAGGUCCUAGAAUCAGAAAGCACACGAAUAUCAAAAACCAGUACAAAGCCCAUGGGUCUAAAAUACCUGAAAGUGAUCCCUCCUAUAAAAAGAAAGGAAAGUGAAACCCAUUUAAAACCUUUGACUUUUCCCAUACCAAAGCCCUCAUUAGCUACAAAAAGUAUUCCAUGUUCAAAGGCUAUAAAUUGGUAUCUUCUAGGAGAGCCUUACAGAAGUGCCCGGGCUGAGCAGAUAUCCAGUGCCCUCAAGGAAAUGGAGAUGCAACACUUUCAUCCUGCCACAAGAGACAUUUUCAUAGGUGCCCGUGCCUCUGUGGAAAAACAAACCUUAGCACUGAUGUUUCAAAAGGACUUCUGGGCUUUUAAGGAUAAGGGCAGGUUUCCCAGAUUGCCCAAGGUAGAAAAGAAGGUACAGCCUAGCUCUAAAAAACAGGAAGAAGUGCCUUUAUGGGAGACAUUUGUGGCACUGUACCAUGUUUUACGGAUGUUGCAGGAGCGAUAUGCAAAAGAUAGUGCUGCUUGGAUGGAACAGUUCUACCACCUCAUGGACCUGUAUCAACUCAAGUCCCCUGGAAUCCAGAGAUUGCUACAGGAGCUGCUCCUGAGAGAGGAACCCCAAUCCAGUGAGAUCAUCUACAAAGAGGGCCUAAAGGCCACGGAGCUAGUUCCUGGGGAGCGGUUGUUCUACCACUUGUUUUGUGGUCACUCUCACAUCCCUAGAGGUCCUCUGGCGUUCCAGGAGGUGGUAUCCCUCUCAGGGAAGAACAAUGUGCAUACCAUGCUUCCCAUGGGCAUUGCCCAUUAUGGCAUCUUAGAACUUGCUUGGAAGAGCCUGCCCCAAGCUGAUAUUCACCUCACCAAGGAAUUGCCCCACAUCAUUGCUCCUGCCCCCUAA